CGGAAUAUCUUCACUUUAACGCCUUGGACUUUCAGAGAGAGGAGUGGGAGAGUGAUUUUUAGGGUUAGGGUUUCAGACGAAUCGAAGCUGAAACUGAAGAAGAGAUGAUCGGAAGCCGAUUUGGAGUCUUUAUCUGAUGAUUUUGAGCUUCUGCCGCUUUUGAUUUGGCCAGGAGCUAUGACUGUUGGUCGAGAAGUUCUAUAAAUAAGAGGCAAAUAAGUAUGGCUCCAAGAAAUAUCUGAUCUUUCUUACUGGAUAAGCGGGAGAAGAAAAACGGGCAUAUGUUCUAGUAUCAAAGGUUUUGAAAAGUUUGGUUCUUUUAUUGUUUCACAACCAUGAGUUGCGAUGAGGAGAUCAAAGAAGGUGGAGAAGAGGGGGAGUUUAACCAUUCGGGAUCAGAGAAAGCUGAGAUUGGUGUUCAUCCUGAGAAUCAUCAGAUCGGAAAGAUCGGGUCAAUUUCGGUUCCACAGCUCAGGAUCGACGAGAAACUGCUGAUUGACCCAAGAUUACUGUUUGUUGGGUCAAAGAUUGGAGAGGGGGCCCACGGGAAAGUCUAUGAGGGAAAAUAUGGAGAGCAAAUUGUUGCAGUCAAAGUUCUUCAUAGUGGCAGUACUCCAGAAGAAAAAGCUGCACUUGAAGGUCGUUUUGCACGCGAAGUUACUAUGAUGUCUAGAGUAAAACAUCAGAACCUUGUCAAGUUCAUUGGAGCUUGUAAGGAUCCUUUUAUGGUGAUAGCGACAGAGCUAUUACCAGGGAUGUCACUUCGAAAGUAUUUAAUUAGUAUUCGUCCCAAACAACUGGAUCUUCAUGUGGCAAUAGGUUUUGCCCUUGACAUUGCUCGGGCCAUGGAGUGUUUACAUGCUAAUGGGAUUAUACACAGAGAUCUUAAACCUGACAAUUUAUUGCUUACGGCCAACCAUAAGACACUGAAGCUGGCAGAUUUUGGACUUGCAAGAGAAGAAUCUGUGACCGAGAUGAUGACUGCAGAAACUGGAACUUACCGUUGGAUGGCUCCUGAGUUAUAUAGCACUGUGACGCUGCGGCAUGGGGAGAAGAAGCACUACAACAACAAGGUUGAUGUCUACAGCUUCGGCAUAGUUUUAUGGGAGUUGUUAACCAACCGUAUGCCAUUUGAGGGCAUGUCCAACUUGCAGGCUGCAUAUGCCGCUGCUUUUAAGCAAAUAAGGCCAAGUCUUCCGGAGGACAUGCCUCGGGACCUCAUGUACAUCAUACAAUCAUGUUGGGUCGAGGACCCAAACAUGCGGCCCAGCUUCAGCCAGAUCAUCCGCAUGCUCAAUGCAUUCCUCUUCACACUUCCAGCGCCCUCACCAGAGCCAGAAACCACGUCAGAUCUACCAAGUAGUAUCACUGUCACAGAGUCAUCUGCUCGUGCAAGGCGGAAGUUUUCUUUCCUUCGCCAGCUUUUCCCUCUAAGGAGGACGAAGAACACACCAUGAGCAGUAAAGUUUGGAGCAUUUCAUGGUCUUUUUGCCAAUUAAAAAAUAACCGUUGGAUGAUGCUAAUCUGUGAUUAAUGACCUAGAUCUUGAUCACGGCUUGGAUUAUUCUCUCUCCACGAACAAUCAAAGGUAAAAUACAUUAAAGAAGCAGAAAUGGUUAGGCGUCCUUUGCCUCUUAUAUUACUAGUGGAAACACUGAGGGGUUGGGAAGUUUGUAUCACAAACUAAAAAGGGUGUAAAUAUGAAAUCUCCACGUUAAGUGCAUAAUACAUUUGUCAUAAAUUCCAUAAUUUA